ACCACAUUAUGACUUCUUUGCUUUUCCUCAGUCGAGAGAAGCUCUGCAACCUUAACAAUUCCCUUUCCUUUUUCUAUUCAACCGAAAGAAAUGAAAGGAGAUUUGGGGAACUUUGCAGCGGCAGUAAAUGAAGAAAUGAAGAAACGUUUGUUCAACUCUUGCGUUUGUGGGUUGAACCAGAAAUGGAGAAUAAAGAAAGGGGCAGCUGCAAUCAGUGGGGGAAUUUGAAGAAAUCCAAGGAAUUCUACCAAGAAUGGUAUUGGGCUUUGUGAGGCAAGUAUAGAUUAUGACUCUGGUAGCUGUAAUUGAAGUUAAAAUGAUAUUUAUCUGGUUAAACAUAAUCCUAGACCAAAGCUAAUGCAAGAAGUGGCUUAAUAAAGAAGAAUGCUUAACAUGCAAUUGAAAUUAUAUGAGCUAGAUAAAACCCAGUUGGACUGGGUGUAUGAAGAGAGAUAUCUAGAUCCAUUGCGUAGUAGGAAGAACCAUUGGUUGGACCAUUGGUGUGGUAGCUACUGAGCUAGGUAGAACCUAGUUGGAUUGGGAGUAUGAAGAGAGAUAUCUAGAUCCAUUGCGCAGUGGGAAGAACCAUUGGUAUGGUGGGAUGUACACCCACAAGGAAAAAUUCAGGUAUAAGAACUUGCAUUCAUCUGCAUGUUGAACAAGCAUAAGCUGCCUUGCUAUUAUCUUAUGUUUAUUGGAAGUAUUUAUGUCAUGUUUAUUUUUGACACUGAUGAAACUGUUCAGUAUUGAUGAGCAGUGUUUGAUGGAACUAAUUCUAUGCUUCCUGAGGUAAAGGAAUGUAUUUUCGAGUUUGUUCUAGAAUGGAAACUAAGUGAGCAUAUUUUUGGAUUGAACUUACCUGCCCUAAAUUAGAUAGUUCUAAUUUAUAGAAUAUGGAUUAUUUUCGAGAUGACGAUUUGUCCAUGUCCAAUUCUGGUAUCUUGACAUAAGUUUUACAUGGAAGAACAAUGUAAGUUAUUUGAUGGAACUUAAAUAAGUUAAAUUAAGAUUUCAGUCAUGGCUCUUAAGUUAUAACCUAUGCUUAUUGGGCUUCAUAGCUCAUGGUGUGUUGUUCACCCGUUUCAGGUUAGCUAGUAAAGAGAUCAACAAUUUUUGGGAGACCAAGGGUUUCCUAUGGUUGCUGGUAGUGAACAAGCUUUUCAGGUUUGUUGAGGUAACUUGUAUCUGCCCAAAGCUGAAUCCUA